AUGUGGACUGAAAUGCGGGUUCAAAAAAUUGGCCGCGAUGGGUCUAAACCCUUUUGGGGAGAUCCACUGAUCGCCUUUGAGAAGUUGGAGUUUGGGACUUUUGGCGGCGAGACGAGCAAGAGAACGCUUUUUCUGGACCUCUUCCUUCUUCCACUUCUCGACAUCCUUCUCUCCUCCUCCUUGCCUCUCUUCCUCUCCGUCAACUUCUUUGGCACUUCCAACUGUUUUUCUCCUCCACGAUCUACCACUCCCGUACCUUUGUGCCUGAAACGACGCGACGCGCCUGCGCCGCUGGAAAUCCGCGCAGGCAGGAGCGGCUUUGCGAAUCUUCAGACCGUCAACUUUCCAGACCUCCAGACCCCCAGACCUUUGGCUAUCCGAUCCUCCAGUCGAACACGAGACUCUUAUCUCUGGGACAUCCCAUUUUUCGGGGCCCUGUCCCGUCGAUCUGCAAGCGUCGCCAUGAUUCAGCGAGCCCGUGCGGUCUUUGAACCGUUUCCCCCAAACCUCGACAUCGAGGACCAUGUCCGAACAACUCCCAGCUUUGAAUUUGCCAAAAGGAUAUCCUGUGACUCUGUCAGUCAGUUUUCACGAGAGGUCCUCGAGUUGUACGUUCUCACCCAUGUGGUGAAGCUGGGACUUCCACUGGUGAUCACAGGGUUUGACAAACACCUGGACAAGAAUUUGUUCUCGGAGAAGUGGCUACGGCAUCAGUAUUCAAACCAAACAUACGAUGCCAGAGACUUGGGUAAAGGGGCGAAUAUGCGCCUCACCCUAGGGCAUUACCUCAAGAACAUGGCAACACUCACUGAUCCCAUUAAUGCCUCUACGUACGCCCGUCAGAGCAUCCAAAGGCUGUAUUUGAAGGACAUUGACUGCCCACAGGAAUGGCACAAAGCUCUGGAGCAGUUGAUUCCUUCAAAUUUUUUCUAUCUUAAUCAGUCACGUUUGGAUGGACCUAGGUUACCCGAGUCCCAGUUCCCCAAUCCCCCUAAGACUCCAAAAGGGGAGGCAGUUGCUCGAUCAGGGGACCUGAUGAGCAGUCUUCCCACGGAGAUGCGUGCAGAGAAUCUCAUGUGCUACAUCGGCCAUGAGGGAACCUACACACCAGCUCACCAGGAAAUGUGCGCCAGUCUGGGGCAGAACCUGAUGGUCGAGGCAUCGGAUGGUUCCCACGAAAAUGGGAAGCCAACUCGACCUGGGUCAUCAAUCUGGUUCAUGACCGGCACUCAGGACCGUCGGAUCGUGUCCGAAUACUGGAUGUCAACUCUGGGUCACAAUCUAGAUCUGGAGGACCACUUUGCCCAGCUCAAUGCCUGGAAAUGUGCGCCCUUCACAACCUAUGUGGUCGAACAAAAGCCAGGAGACCUGAUUCUCGUCCCCCCUCUCGCCGCCCACCAGGUAUGGAACCGUGGGACCCGGACAAUGAAGGUCGCUUGGAACCGGAUUACUGUCGAGACGUUGGAGAUGGCUUUUGAUGAGGCACUGGCAAAUGCACGGAUGAUCUGCCGCGACGAGCAGUACAAGAAUAAGGCUAUUGUCUAUUACGCCCUCGAGCGCUACUCCGGCUUGCUUCGAAGCGCUCCUGAUUCCACCCACCAGGAAGUUCGGAUGCUACAGGAGGACUUCCAUCGCCUCUUUAACAUGUAUACGGACAUCCUCCUUUCAGAGACUUUCUCCAAGAAUUCCCCCUCCAGCAAAGAGGUUGAAUUUGAAAAGUUUGAGAGCAACAUCACAUGCUCGUAUUGCCGUUGCAAUAUUUUCAACCGGUUCUUGACAUGCCCUUGGUGUGUUGGAGAGGGUAACGACACAUACGAUAUUUGUAUGGAUUGUUACGUACUGGGACGGAGCUGUCAAUGCAUCUCCAAGCUCAAGUGGGUUGAGCAGUUUCCCUGGAAACAACUUACCAGCCGGCACGAGACGUGGCGGCAGCAGAUCAUUGCCUUCAAGCGAGAUUAUCUGGAUCCCAAGCCCAAAAAUCCUCCAACCCUGCUGGUUGCCCGAUCCGAGCUAGGCCGAAAGUCUCUGGCUGAGAUCUGCCAGGAACAAAUGCGCCUGCGCCCCUGGGUAGAUCACACCAAGCCCAAGGAGACUAAGGCACCGACCCCGAGUGAUGAUGAGGGGACAGACACAGACUCGCGGGCCCGCAAGAAGAGGAAGUCUAAUGGGAAUAAGACCCCGAGCGGAAAAGCUAGGUGCCAUAUGUGCAAAGCUUCAGAAUGUCUGUGGAAGCUCGCUGCUUGUGAGAAAUGUAACCUACAUUACUGCUAUGGCAGCUUAUUCCGAGCAUUCGACAUGCUCCCUCUGGAUCCCAUGCAACGGCCUCACUGGUUAUGCCCUAAAUGCCGCAAGGUCUGCAACUGCGCAAGCUGCCGAAUGGAUGACGGUAUGACGCCCCACCAGCCAUUUAAUAUCCUGCUGGGCCAUGACACUCGCAAGAUUGCGGAUCCCCGUAGUGUCGAGUCGCUGGUGAAUAUGCGGUUGUCUAAUCUAGCACUCCUGAAAACAUUUGGCGACGAUAACGCGGAACGCCUGGAGCGUUUGCGUUCUGACGAGGAGAAGCGCCGACAGCACGAGCAGGCGGAGAAUGACAUUCAUGUCGGGUUUGACCCGUCACAGAUGGAGCCGCCCAACGGCCCUCCGCCUGUGGUGUAUGAGGAUCAAUUGCCCGGAAUCCCGAUUGACCCAGCGCUGGAACUAGAUGGAUCGUUUAUGAGCCUGGGUUGA